AUGGACGCCUGCAUCCGAAUGAUACUGCAGAUACUCAUGUUACUAUGGCCUACGUUCUCAAGGACCACCGAAUCCCAGGCUGCUCAACCUCAGGCUACUAAAUCCCAGGCCACUAAAUCCCAGGCCGCUAAAUUCCAGGCCACUAAAUCCCUGGCCGCUAAAUCCCUGGCCGCUGAAUUCCUGGACGCUGAUUCCCUGGACGCUGAUUCCCUGGACGCUGAUUCUCUGGACGCUGAAUCUCAGGUCAUUAAUAAAUCCUUUCCCCGGAAAAUUCUAGCGCCUAUACAUGCACUCCAUGCCGAUGCAAUAUAUUGCAUUGUUUCAUUGCUGCCAUCAGGUGACGCCGCUGCAUUUGUUCUCGCAUCCAAGUCCUUUUGGCAAGCUGCGGGUGGGCAAAGAGUCGUCAAUAGACUGUCGAAACCUAGUGACAGUCGUAUAGAUUUCCUGGAGAGGAUUGAAGCCCAAUUUCCUGAGCAUGUGCUCUGCUACCGUUGUCAGAUAUUCCAUACCCAGUGCAAGAAAAAGCCCCUUUUAAAGCCAGGUCAAUGCGAUACAGAAACUGCCAUUCAUUUUUUCGGGCCUAGGGAUGAAAGGAACAUUCCGUGUCUGCUAUAUAGACAGGCGAAAGAGGUCAUGAACCAUUAUCGGUUCGGCCCUACGCACGGUCGGUGCGCGGCCGCAGCUAUGAAUAUCAACACCUUUUACUUGAAACCCCACGGUGAAUACUGGUCAACUAAGGGUGUCUGGAAUUUCGAUAUCAAGUUUAUAUCUAAUAACUUGAUUCUAAAAGAAGACGUAUGGAUUAUGUAUCGAGCAUCGUUUCCACACGAUGCAUCUGACUAUUUGAAUGGCUUCAAGAAACACCUGCUGCCUGAAAUUACGCUACGUAGCCAGGUGAGUGACUGUUACUACUGUUACCGAUGUCCCUUAAGCCAUUCGGAGAGAGAAAUUCGAAUCUCCCGUCUACGAUAUAAACCCAGUUGUAUAUUGAUUCGAAGCACCACUUGGGAGAAUCUCGGGGCCUGCAAAAACUCCAAAGGAAGCUUAUGGGAGCAUGGAACCGAGUUUUCUCCCUGCAAUUUUGCCCGGGUUGCCAUAGAACCUAGAGAUCUCAAGUACAAACACCAUUUCGACUCCGAAUUGCCCUCUCGAGAUUAUCGGGGAAAGGAGAUUGAUUUUUGGUGA